AUGGCCCGGUGUGGAGUUGUCAAGCCAUGCAGAGGAAAUGUGACAGUGCAGGAUGAGACAGAGUCCCUACCAGCGGUCAUUGACACCUCAUCAAGCCUGUCAGCUGUAGAAAUGUCCUUUGCAGCAGGAGGAGAAGAAGAUCUUCCAUCCCCGUUUGCGGACAUUCCUGCCCUUAUCCAUGACCACAGCUACCUUCCUGUCCGCUUCGAUGGUCUUGUGGACAACGCUCUUGUGUACAUUUCAGGAUUUGUUGUGCGACGGGCACUGAAGAAGCUGUCCUGUGAUUUCUGCCAUGCCAGCCUGGUGACAGACGCUGCAUCUGCCAUCAAGGACCAGAGCUACCACCUGCUGUCUCUAAGAAACAAUGGAGGCCUGGUGAUUCCAUCAGAGGGCACAGUGAGGGUCGUCAGGGCAGCAGAGUGGGUCAUUCGCCAGGCAUCAUCGAGUUUCACACGAUCACAGCCAAUCAAACUGCUGGAGGUCAUGUACAUUGUGCGGAAGAGGAUCUGGUCAGAGGAUGUGUUUGUGCUUGGGGAGCACAUCAGCGACACGCAGUAUGGUAUAGACAGCCACCACCAUACGCUGCUUACGCGGAGCUGUCGACUCCGAGGGUCUCGCUUGCAGAGGUUUCGUGCCGGGGCGACCACCGUGCACACACACAUCCGAGGCCGUGCUGUAGACCUGCCAGCCCUCCUCCGAGCCCGGAGAGAAAGAUUCUCCUGUUUGAUCUGUGUGGAUCUGCUGAAGGAUCCGGUGACUACUGUCUGUGGACACAGCUACUGUAAGAGCUGUAUUAACACCCAAUGGGACAAAGAGGAGGAGAGAGGAAGCUACAGCUGUCCUCAGUGUAGACAGACCUUCACACCGAGGCCUGUCCUGGAGACAAGCACCAUGUUAGCUGCUUCACUGGAGGAGCUGAAGAAGACUGGACUCCAAGCUGCUCCUGCUGAUCACUGUUAUCUCUGCUCUGUGGAUGAACAUAAAGACCACGACACAGUUACAGCUGCAGGAGAAAGGACUGAGAGGCAGAGAGAACUCGGGCCGAGGAGACAAACAAUCCAGCAGAGAGUCCAGGACACAGAGAAAGACGUGAAGCUGCUUCAACAGGAGGAGAAGGCCGUCAAUGGCUCUGCUGAUAAAGCAGUGAAGGCCAGUGAGGAGAUCUUCACUGAGCUGAUCCGUCUGCUGGAGGAAAGAAGCUCUGAUGUGGAGCAGCAGAUCAGAUCCCAGCAGGAAACUGAAGUGAGUCGAGUUGGAGAGCUUCAGGAGAGACUGGAGCAGGAGAUCACUGAGCUGAAGAGGAAAGACAAUGAACUGAAGCAGCUCUCAGAAACAGAGGAUUACAACCAGCUUCUACACAACUACCCCUCACUGUCACCACUCAGUGAAUCUACACACUCAUCUAACAUCAGGGCCCGUCCUCUGAGGGACUUUGAGGACGUUACAGCGGCUGUGUCACAGGUCAGAGGUCGACUGCAGGACAUUCUGAGUGAGACAGGGACAAAGAUUUUACAGAUUGUGUCUAAAGUGGAUGUUUUACUGCGACAACCAGAGCCAGAGACCAGAGCUGACUUCUUCAAAUAUUCACAGGAAAUCACAAUGGAUUCAAACACAGUAAACGGACAUCUAUUAUUAUCUGCGGGAAACAGAAAAGUAACACGUAUAUGUAAAAAACAGUCUUAUUCUAAUCACCCAGACAGAUUCUUUUAUUGGCCUCAGGUCCUGAGUAGAGAGAGUCUGACUGGACGUUGUUACUGGGAGGUGGAGGUGGGGGGGAGAGAAGCAGUUGGUGUAGCAGUCACAUACAAGAAUAUCAGAAGAGCAGGAGACUCAGGUGAAUGUAGAUUUGGAGACAAUGAUAAAUCUUGCUCAUUAUAUUGUGAAGGAAACAGUUAUAGCUUUUUUUGCAACAGCAUCUGGACUCGAGUGUCAGGUCCUUGGUCCUCCAGAGUAGGAGUGUACCUGGAUCACAGUGCAGGUGUUCUGUCCUUCUACAGCGUCUCUGACACCAUGACUCUCCUCCACAGAGUCCAGACCACAUUCACUCAGCCUCUCUAUGCUGGAGUUAGGGUUUAUGAUGGAUCCACAGCUGACUUCUGUAAACUCAAAUAG